AAAAUAUUCCAAAGUGCAAAAAAGCACAAUAUUAGAAGAGCCGUCAUUUGCUGAUACAGUGGAAUUAACUGAGUGAAUCGCAGUAAGAAAAGCAAUUAAACCUCGUUCGAUGAUAAGCCUCGCUGCGUAGAAGCAACACUCUGCGAGUUUGCCGGAAAUGAUGCGCCGGUGCCGGAGCUGAAGUGAUUGGUGGCGAUAAUUCUUUUUUUUCUUGGUUGGGGCUUCGAAAGAGAAGAGUAUCAUUCCAAGGUGGCGACGAUUCGGACGAUUUUUGUGCUCCCUGAUCGCACACACAUACACACCACCGCAAUCCGACGAGAGUGGAAAGAAGGAAAAAAAAGUACCCCUAUGUUUUGAACGGUACCCGCCGCUGUUGCUGACUCGCCGCGGUAACUCCCCCACCUCGCCCUGGGAUCGGUCGGUCGGCACUUAUCGCGGAUGCAACACUGCUGCUGCUGCUGUUGCGAUUACGUGUGACUGCUGGACCCGCGGAUGUAUCAAUCAGCGCGAGAGCAAGAGAAGAAGUGAAAAGUGGAAAAAUAGAAAUCUAUCGCUGUGGCCAUUGCGGCAAUUACUCCGAAAACGUAAGCACACUAAAAUAAGUUUAAAAUAAAUCCAGCAUUGACGGCGAUUAAGUGGGUGAAAGUGGAACAGUUUAGAUGAGGUGAAAAAAAGAACACUCUGAUAUAAACAAACGCUUCUGAUUGGAGUUGGACAGAACAUUUGAUAGUGGAUUGCAGUGUGUAGUUGCGCGAGUAAGCGCUCGAACUAAUAAUGGCCUCGGCGGGUGGUUUGGACAUCCAGGUUGUCUCGUUGCCAAAUCUGCAGAAAAUCGAAAACUUCAUGCGGGAUUCUACGUACAAGGAAACGUUAGAAAUCAGUGCCUCGUUCAACACCCGGCUCUGUCUCGAGCGGCGAAUGCGGUUACCGUUCUUCGAUUCGCAGACUGGCGUAGCGCAGAACCAUGGCGCCCUGUAUAUGCCCCACUGCAAGCGAAUGCCCGGCCAUCGGGAAGGUCAGCUCUACACAUACCCCUCCUCGCGGUGGCGAAAAGCCAAGCGGCAAUAUCUGAACAAAUACCAGAACCUGCGACCGUUCGGUAAUCUGAGAGCCAGCGGGAUUCCAAGCGUACCGACUGGAUUUCCACUUCCGGUGGCCGCACGGGAACCGGGGGAGAUAAUACCAGGUCCCGAGUCAGAUUUCAACCCAUCCCUGCUUGAAGAAUCCUCCCUCGGGGCCACCGUGGACACGGACAGUAAAGACAGCCACCAAAAUCAGCCCAUCUUGAAGGAGGAACCCCUGCCCAAGGACUGGUACUACGACGAGAUAGCGUUGAACGAUGAUGACCUGGACGAUCCGGAGGGUGGCGACUCGGACUACGACUACAACGUGAACGGUUACAAACGAAAGGGAAAGAGAAGCAAAAGAUCUUCCGCUGGCGGUAAGAGAUCGAAGGGAAAUCAGUCUGCGGCGGCCGCCGGUUCCGCUGGUGGAGAUUUCGAAGCGGUGGGCUCACCCGGUGGUGGAGGAUCAUCACGCAAGGGACGACCCCCCGGUGGAAGCGGAUCCAAGCGGGGCAGGAAAAAGAAUCCGAAGGAAACGACUUCAGCGGCCGAUAAGGUGCUGGAGGAGGGCCUGAGCACCAGCUUGAUUGAGCCACCUUCGUUCGAGUCGGCAGCCGCCGCAGUGGAUAUGAGCGAGAAUGGAGAGAAUGGUGCCGGCUACGGGGCAAGCGCUGAUUUGAGGAACUACCGGAAAUAUCUGUAAGACGAGGUGUCACUUGAAUGUUCAAGGUACCUUGACCACGGUUCUAAACCUACCACACACAACCAGAUACCAGUCGAUUAGACAUGAAAAUUCAUCAUCAGAAGCAACUACAUCCCGAGAAAGAGAAACCAUACGAGAUAACAACAAGCCGCGUUUGCUAAUGUGUUUAUUCCUCACUUUGGAACGUGAGAUAGCACAAUCCGAAAUUGCAAAUAUAUGUUCUAAAGCAAAAGAAGAAAUGAGAAGGAAUUUCGCUCCGUUCACAAAAACUAAUGUUUAGAUGUAGUCAUUCUCUGGUCAUCACAAAACCGUGUUAAUGCGUUUCGAAAAGAACGACAGCGUGGAGUAGAAACGAAUAACACUAAGAACAUCUAUUAUUUUGUAAGGUUUACCGCGAGUAAUUGAGAAAUCUGUGGCAAACAUCGAAAAGCGAGCGCACACGUGUGUGCGAAAACGAUGAAAUCUAUUAUUUAUUGUAAAUAAAUGCAUAACAAAAAUUUAACAUAAUAGGAAAUAACACACUUGUCUCCGAUAUUAGCAGCAGCAGUCUUGUUUAACUGCAUUUGAACACCUUUCCCGAUUUUAGCGCCAAACCAUCUCCCAGACAAUGGUUUUCUGUUCAAACUCAGAUUUCACCAAUACAUAAUGCACAGCAAUGUUCUAUUUUUCAUUGAUGAAAAACACACGCAGCCCGUAACAAUUAUAUUACUGUUAUUUAAUUCACAGUGUUAGAAGAAUUUGAAAAUAAAAACCGAACAAGUCAAUAAUGUUCCCUAAGUUUGUUUAACUAAUUAUAUUGUAGGCGUUAGAGGAGAAGUUGACUAACCCAAUAGCCCGUGAAGUCUUUUCUCUUGUUUGUACGAAGAGUAGUCGAAUAGGAUCGGUUUGAUGAGUCAUCGGAAUUGGAAUCGUAUACACCAUAAAUCCCGCGGCGGGGAAAGGGCACGAAAACGAAUUGUCUUUCUUUUCGGUAAAAGCAAUGAGACAACACAUGAUGUCGGAUAAUAUAUUUACUUAUUCCAUUA